ACACACGCACACACACACACGCAACAGAGGAAGCAGGGUCCUCAAGACCAGCGCCUCACACUCGAACAGCAGCCGCUAGUCUCGUCUACCAGAUUCAGACGUAUGUACAGACAGACAGGUGGGAGGAGGUUCCGAGGUCCACGAUGCGAUCAGGUCACGUUCUCCUCCAGGUCUGCCUCAGUCUGGUUCUCUACAGCAGAACGCUGAGAACCAGGCCGCUUGACGGAAACCAGACAGAAGAACCCGGAGCUCUGGGGUGGAGGGACCGGCUGGCGGAGCUGGUGGCCGAGGAGGAGGAGGUGUCGGCGGAGGAGGAGGAUGAGGUGGCAGCGGAGGAGCUGACGGCCGAGGAGGAGGUGUCGGAGGAGCUGACGGCCGAGGAGGAGGUGGUGGCGGCGGAGGAGGUGUUGGCUGCGGGGGAGGCGCGAGCACAGAGGGAGAGGUUCCUGGGGACCAUGAAACAGGAGUUCCUGCGUAAGCUGAACCUGUCCAGCGCCCCACAGGAGCACAGCAGGGUCCGCCCCCCCGACUUCAUGGUGCAACUGUACAACAAGUACGCCUCCGACACCACCUCCUCCUCUUCCUCCUCCUCCUCCUCGCCCCGGGCAGACGUGAUACGCAGCUUCAGCAUGCAAGACAUCACCUUGAGGGAGACGCAGGGUCGGGGCGGCGUGAUCAAACACCGGCUCCUGUUCAACGUCUCGGUUCCCAGCAGUGAGGAGAUCACCUCGGCUCAGCUCAGGCUGUUCACCCUGACCCGGCCCAGAACCACCGGCCGCCUAUGCCCGCGCGGAACCGCCGCCGCCGCCGCAACCAUCAGGGUCUACCAGCUGGAGAACCACACGGAACACAGGCUGAGGAGAGACCGGAGAGAGCACACGAGAGAGCAAGAACACGGAACCGAUAAAGAGCAGACGGGCAAACGGACAGAAGAGAUAAGAGCGGAACCGAGAGAACCGACAACAACAGAGAAAAGAAGAGGUGAGGAGGCAGAGGGAGAACACGGAGAACCGCUGACAGGGAAAGAACCAGGUCGUCAGACAGCGGGGCGACAGGAAGGAGAAACAAAUCAGGUAGAACCAGAGAACCGAGGAGACAAGCUCUUAUUACCCCUAACAGAGAAUCACCUGCGAAUGAGGAGAGAUCACAGGCAUCUGGAAGACAUGAGAGAGACUCGGAGAGACCAGGGGGAACAGGGGGAAUGGAGAGAGCAGAGAGAAGAGGGAGAAUGGAGAGAGGGGGAAUGGAGAGAUCACAGAGAACAGGGAGAAUGGAGAGAGCAGAGAGAGAGAAGAAGAAGAGCUCUGAGCACACAGAGAGACGACAGAGAGCAGAGCGAGGAGACGGACCAAUCAGCUUAUCGCUUCCUGGACGAGAGGGAGGUGCCAUUGGGCAAAGGCUCAUGGGAGAUGUUUGACGUUACCAUGGCGCUGCGGGCACAGGCUUGGGCGGGGCGGGGCGUGACGGAGUUUGAGGUACGGGUGCAGAGGAUGCCCUGUGGCUCGUUUAAGGGCGGGGGUGAGAGAGGGCAGGGGGGCGAGAGAGGGCAGGGGGGUGAGGGGGGCGAGAGAGGGCAGGGGGGUGAGGGGGGUGCAGACGUGAGACUCAUCCUGAAGGGGAACACGUCGCCGAUCCUCAUCGUGUUCUCCAACGACCAGCGCAGCCGACAGCAGGAGGCACAGCAGGAGGCGCAGCAGGAGCUUCAGCAGAUGCUGAGGCACGAGGACGAGGCCGUCGUCUUCUCAGGAGCGGACGAACUCCAAGACACAAGUGAGGACCCCAACAACCUGCAAACAGCCCAGAAUGCCCUUCGGCCAGUUGACCCUCAGCCGCCCCCAAACCCCCCACCUGUAAAGGUGAAGUCACCCCAGAGCUCUCUCCCAAAUGAGGCGUAUUAUUCACUCCAAGAUUCAAAGCCCGACUCCAUGAGUGACAGCGGCGGUUCUGUUCGCCCCCUGGCCGCGGCGGCCCACCACCCCCGUAGGAGGAGGAUGAGGAGGCAGGCAGGUGGGUACUGCCGGCGGACGUCGCUGCGGGUGAACUUCAAGGACAUCGGCUGGCAGGAGUGGAUCGUGGCGCCCCCGGAGUACGAGGCGUACGAGUGCCAGGGCACGUGCCAGUUCCCGCUCUCGCCCGAUGUCACACCCUCCAAGCACGCCAUCAUCCAGUCGCUGGUCAACCUCAGCGACCCCAAGAAGGCGCGCAUGGCCUGCUGCGUGCCCACCAGGCUGGACCCCAUCACCGUCAUGUACCAGGAGAACGGCGUGAUCACGGUGCGCCACCUGUACGAGGAGAUGCGCGUGGCGGCGUGCGGCUGUAGGUAGUGGCAACGGUCACACACACACACACACACACACACACACACACACACUCCACCUGUACUAGGAGAUGCGCGUAGCAGCGUGCGGCUGUAGGUAGUGGCAGCACACACACACACACACACUCCACCUGUAAGACCAAGAGACUCACAGGGACCUGGACAUGCUAACGGUCACACACACACAUAUAUACACACACACACACACACACACACACACACACACACACACACACUCCACCUGUAAGACCAAGAGACUCACAGGGAACUGGACAUGCUAACGGUGCCCAUCUACAAAAGUCCGAAUUUCACUAGCCAUGCCACCUCCCUGUACACACACAUGGAGGGGGACAUCUGUUUCAUUAUGUGUUCAUCACUACACAUAGCUUACUUUUGACAUACCCUAUAAACCCAGAAAUAUAUGAUUAUUAUUAUUAUUAUUAUAUAAGAUAUAUAAAGUAUUAUUUAUUAUUAUUUGUAUUAUUAUUAUUAAAACCAAGCUUUGGUACAUAGAGAUGAUUUGUUUAUCAUGCAAAGUACAAUUCUGUAAACUACGAUGUAUAUACAUUUCCUAUUUUGAUUUUACACCUUUGGGGGUUUGCCAUGUUUAAAGAAUAGAUUUAACCAUUCAAUUGUCAUUGGAGAAAAUAAAUCUGUAAAAUAGCCAAAGUGAUUAUUUAAAUGAUUCUAUUAUUCAACCGUGUCCCAUUGGAAUUAAACACAGAAUGUUCUACUUCUUUCCUGAUCCAUUUAUUUUGGGUGAAUACAAUCAUUUGGGUGACUAGCGCCCUCUGCCGAGCAAAAGAGGGCUUUACAGUAUUGAACAGGGGCACAGUAGGAGAGAGCUGCAUCAUGUCAAUGAUGUGAAAAGGCUUCAUAUGCACACUGAACACUGAACACUUGGAGACUAUAAUACACAGGUAUAAUACACAGGCAUAUGCACACCAAGGUGUGUUGAUACAUACAAUAGAUAGGAAUUCAGUGUAGGACCAGUUGAUACAUUUUUUUACAAAGAAAACAUGGCCAGUACUUUCCGUGAUUAAUGUGUUUAUUUCUUAUUGCACAUGAACUAUUAGAACAAUGCAGCAUAAUGUAGGUGAAAAUUAUAAAAAAACGUGUUGUUUAACACCAUGUUUCAACCCCUAAAUAUAUCCUCCAGUUUAAAAAUAAAGAUAAUAUCUGUGUGAAAAGCUUUACAGUGCGUCAUUUGCUCUACAACCACCCAGUCUAUAAAUGCCCAUCUUUAUACCACCUUAACGUCUCGUCUCCCUCAGACGGGUUACGUCACCUCCACCGUCUCGUCUUCCUCAGACUGCCCAGACAUCAUUCCCGCGUGGCUGACGCAGAACAAGCCGCGCGCCCGCCCACGCUCUUAAACUGGGAUUGGCUGCAGGGGAUCGCGAGACGAGUUUACGUAAGGGACGGGGGUAUUAGCAGAUAAACAAGAUUACCGUUGUAUUGUGCCGAUUAGCGGGUGCCGGCGCCGGUUGCAUAAUUUUCAAUUUUUUUUUUUUAAUGGGCAAGGCUGCUGAGUCUCUUCCACUCCGUUUACUUGUUUAACUUUGUGUGACCAAGAUGUGUAAACAGACAUAUUUCCAAACAAGUAAAUAGUGGAGCAUUAUUCAGCUCAAAUGUGCCAAUGGUUGUUUGUGUUGCAUUCAGUCUGUGAAUAGGUUUUACAGAAAGUGAAUAAUCUGCUAAAAAUGUAAUGGAUUCAAAUAGAUAAUCUGAUAAUAAUGUAAUACUCAGUUGCAUUGUGACAUAAAAAAGUAAACUCACAUGCAGUGGUGUGUGUGUGUAGCGGCCGGAGGCGACAGACGCAGGCGUUUCUAUUCACCCUGUUUCAGUGACAGAGUCUGAGGUUCGAGAACUGGAGGGCAAACCAUGAUCUGUAGCUCGGUUAAAUAAUCAAUAAUAAUAAUGAUCUGUAGAUCGGGUAAAUAAUCAAUAAUAAGCAUGAUCUGUAGCUCCGGUAAAUAAUCAAUAAUAAUCUUGAUCUGUAGCUCAAGUAAAUAAUCAAUAAAUUCGUGAUCUGUAGCUCAAGUAAAUAAUCAAUAAUAAUCAUGAUCGCUCGGGUAAAUAAUCAAUAAUAAUAAUGAUCUG